AUGACCUGCCAGCACACUGACAGUGCUGCUCAUACAUUCCUCAUUACUUUAAGCAGAACGGGAGACUUCCAAAACUUUGAACAAGACUUCUGUCAGUCUGGAUAUUAUAUGGAUGGUCAGCAGGAGGAUGUAUAUGGCUAUGAUCCAGUCUACGUCAAUCCAGAAUACCAUGAAGUUGAUAAUUCCGCACAUUUAGCAGAUGAAUAUACCACUACAGCAUCUUAUAGUGGACAAGUGUAUCAGCCUGUAGCGCCACCCGAGCAAACAGAAUAUAUAGACUCAUAUGAGGAAGAGCCGCCACUCUUAGAAGUUGAGGGCAUCAACUUUGACCAUAUUUGGCAGAAGACUCUGACUGUGUUAAAUCCACUGAAGCCUGCUGAUGGCAGUAUUAUGAAUGAGACAGACCUCACUGGGCCUGUUCUCUUCUGCAUUGCUCUGGGAGCCACACUAUUGAUGGCAGGGCAAGCACACUUUGGGUAUGUGUAUGGCAUCAGUGCUCUGGGAUGUGUGGGGAUGUACAUGCUGUUGAACCUGAAGAGCAGUUACAGCAUAUCCUGUGGCUGUGUGGUGAGUGUGCUGGGAUACUGCCUCCUUCCAAUGGUGGGACUCUCUGCCUUUGCUGUUCUUUAUUCCCUUCAAGGGCUCUUGGGAACGCUGUUGGCCUUGUUUGUGAUUAGCUGGUGCAGUCUAUCAGCUUCUAAGAUCUUCAGUUCCACUCUUGACAUGAGUGGGCAGCAGCUGCUGGUGGCCUAUCCCUGCGCUCUUCUGUACGGGGUCUUCGCUCUCCUAACUGUCUUCUGAAAUCUCAACUAUUAUAAGAGAUUAUCACUCUAAGAUCAGAUGAAAAUCCAGUUUGCACAUAAUUCACAUUGCUUGUCAAAGUGGAGGCAAAUCAAAGUUACUGUACAUUUUUAUCAGAUGAAUAAAAAACAAAAAGCUA